AUGGUUGAUGAAAACCUGCUCCUAGAGCGCUCAGACCUGGCCGGAGACGUUGGAAAAUUAGAGCUCCACUGUGAGAAGAACAACAAAGCCCACAAAACCAAUGACAUCUCAGUGAACAGACUGAUAGUCAGGAGAGGCCAGUCCUUCCUGGUCACCUUUGACUUCCAUGGCCCCUUCAGAUCCACAACAGACUUACUGGAGCUGAUGGUGGAGACAGGACCCCAGCCUUCAGAGGCACUGGGGACCAGGUCAGUGUUCGGGCUACCUGAAGGCCGUUGGAAGCGUUCAUCCUGGAAGGUCAAGGUUCACCAGGGCUCAGUGCUCCCGGCGGGUUCAAUCACCCUGGACAUCACCAGCCCAGCAGACGCCCCAGUGGGAGAGUACAGCCUGUCUGUAAAGACCAGCGCCACCGCCUCAGUGGGCAGCAGUCUGGGCAAGCUCCUUCUGCUGUUUAAUCCCUGGUGCCAAGAGGACUGGGUGCAUCUACCUGAGGAGGAGGAGAGGCAGGAGUAUGUGAUGAGAGAACAAGGCCUGGUGUACAAAGGUUCUGACAAAUACAUCAGCUCUAUGGCGUGGAACUUCGGACAGUUUGAAGACGAUAUAGUGGACAUUUGCCUGAAGCUGCUUGAUGUGAAUUCCAAGUGUCUGAGUGACCCCGCCAAGGACUUCUCUGCUCGUUGCAACCCCAUCUAUGUCAGUAGGGUGGUCAGUGCCAUGAUCAACGCUAACGAUGACGGAGGUGUCCUGAUGGGGCGGUGGGAUGGUCAAUACGAUGGUGGCGUGUCCCCCACUCACUGGAACGGCAGUGUGGAGGUACUAAGGAGGUGGCUCAAAUAUGGUGGCAAUCCAGUCAAGUAUGGCCAGUGUUGGGUGUUCGCCGCUGUAAUGUGCACAGUACUGAGGUGUUUGGGAAUCCCAUGUCGAGUGGUUACCAACUUCCAGUCAGCCCACGACACCGACAAAAACCUGACAAUUGAUGAAUUCUUCUCCAAGGAUGGAGUCAGACUCAAACAGAGCCCCGACAGUGUGUGGAACUACCAUGUGUGGGUGGAGGCUUGGAUGAGACGGCCCGAUCUCUCAGCAGACUCCUUAUACGAUGGCUGGCAGGCUGUGGACCCCACCCCCCAGGAGAAAAGCACUGGUGUUUACUGCUGCGGCCCUGCUCCAGUCAAGGCCAUACUGCAGGGUCACGUUGACCUCAAAUACGAUGUGCCCUUUGUCUUCGCCGAAGUCAACGCCGACCGUGUAACCUGGAUGGUGUUCGCUGACGGCUCCAAGAAAAAGAUCUCCACGGACACUGUGUCCGUAGGCCAGAACAUCAGCACCAAGGCAGUGGGCAGCGACAAGAGAGUGGACAUCACGGCCAACUAUAAACAUGCAGAGGGCACGGAAAAGGAGAGGGCUGUGUACAAUCAAGCUGUGAAAAGAGUCAACAUACCCGAAGAGAAUUCAAAUGGGAUCCAUGACGACAAACCUGGCGUUUCCAUGAAGAUCGUGGAGCUGACCAAGCCGAUCAGCGGCAAAGACAUCGAGCUCAAGCUUGUACUGAACAGCAACGACAGUGUGACUCGGAAAUUAGUGAUCAAUGUCAAUGUUCAGGCCAUGAGAUACAACGGGAUCCCAUCCUCCCAGAUACAGACCGAAUUGAAAGAACAGAAGCUCCUUCCCAACCAAGAUCUGAUUAUACCCAUCCACAUCCCCUUCUCUGUGUAUGGUGAGAAAAUGCGGGAGAGCAACAGCAUCAAGGUUUCGGCUGUGGUCACAGACAAGGACAAGAGUGGGGCAGUGUACAUCACAGAGAAAGACUUUGUGUCACAGAGCCCUUCGCUCACCAUCAAAGCCAUUGGAUCUGAAUUGCAGUAUAGUGACAUGAUGGCAGAGGUUGUGUUUGAGAACCCUCUAUCCGAAGGUCUAAGAGACUGCUUCAUAACAGUGACCGGCAGUGGCUUGCUGACUGAAACAAUGGAAGCCAGAACGCCUUUGAUAAAACAAGGGCAACGACUAUGUGUGAAGAUUCCCUUCACCCCAUACAGACCCGGUCCUAAGAAGCUAGUGGCCGGCUUCAACUGUGAUCAAUUCAGGGACAUAAAGGCAAGCUGCAAUGUCUACAUCAAACCGUCACCAGUGUUGUCCCCCCACUGCCGUAGAUAGUAAAGCCCUCGUGAGAAUUACUCUAAUAACUCAAAUAAGUUCAUCAAUUUAUACCAUAUUUUCCUGUUAUAUCCUGUAUCAGCCUUUCUUAAAGUAGGGGUCGCGAGCCUGACCUGUUAAUGGUGGGUCGUGACGUGUCAGAGUAAAUGUAUCAAUAUUUCAUAUAUGUCACGUGUCAAUACUUCACAGCUUUUUUUUCUCAACAUGUGUUUUUUGGGGGGCUGAAAUGCCUUCUGGAACAUGUGAACUUUCAUGUACCUUAAUAACAAACAUGUAUGCCAUCCGUAAAUAUGAAUAAAAUUGUGAAAUUACCAGCCUAGUUGGUUUAGCCACUGAAAAAGGCAGGAACCUUCCCGCUAGUCAUGAUUGGCUGAGAUAAUGUAAUGGCUGGAUAUGCCGAGACAUGAGUUCGAAUUGGUCUGCCAUGUAGCACGCUUCUGUCUAUAACAUGAGCUGGUCAGUAUGUGUUGCUUUCCACUUUCUAGAGGAACGAGUUUUGAUAUCAGUGGAAUGCCCGGUGGAAUUAGAGUAUGCACGCCCAAUUUUUCAGUUUUUGACUUGUUAAAAAAGUUUGAAUUAUCCAAUAAAUGUCGUUCCACUUCAUGAUUGUG